UGACAGUUCGGUAAUUUGACAAUUGACGUUUCCUCCUGUCACCAAAAGGCGUGUAUGCGAAAUAAUAAAUAAAUUAAAAAAAUGGAAACGUACGAUGUUAUCGUCAACCAACCUGUAGUCAUAGACAAUGGCUCUGGGGUUAUCAAAGCGGGUUUCGCAGGUGACCAAAUCCCCAAAUGUAGGUUUCCAAAUUAUAUCGGUCGGCCGAAACACGUAAGAGUGAUGGCAGGAGCGCUAGAAGGGGACGUGUUUAUAGGCCCCAAAGCGGAAGAACAUCGCGGUUUACUCGCGAUUAAAUAUCCAAUGGAGCACGGGAUUGUGACGGAUUGGAAUGAUAUGGAAAAAAUUUGGACUUACAUUUACAGCAAAGACCAGUUAUCAAUUUUUUCUGAGGAACAUCCAGUUCUCUUAACGGAAGCGCCUUUAAAUCCAAGACCGAAUCGGGAAAAAGCGGCAGAGAUUUUGUUCGAGUCGUUUAAUGUACCCGCUUUGUUUAUCUCCAUGCAGGCUGUACUUAGUUUAUAUUCGACUGGUCGGACUACUGGCGUAGUCCUGGACGCAGGCGACGGAGUGACCCACGCAGUGCCUAUCUACGAGGGCUUCGCCAUGCCCCACAGCAUAAUGCGGGUGGACAUCGCCGGUCGCGAUGUCUCUCGCUAUUUGCGCCUCCUCCUCCGCAAAGAAGGCAUCAAUUUCCGAACGACGGCCGAAUUCGAAACUGUUCGAACGAUCAAAGAGAAAGCUUGCUAUCUCGCCAACAACCCCCUUAAAGAGGAAACCGUCGACACCGAACACAUCAACUACACCCUCCCCGACGGCAACGUAAUCCAAAUCGGACCGGCGCGUUUCCGCGCCCCUGAAGUGCUCUUCAGGCCGGACCUCAUCGGCGAGGAGUGCGAGGGGCUCCACGAGGUGCUUGUCUACGCUAUUCAGAAGUCGGACCUCGACCUUAGGAAAGUCCUCUUCAAAAAUAUCGUGCUCUCAGGCGGGUCGACGCUCUUCAAAGGGUUUGGGGAUCGGCUGUUGUCGGAAAUAAAGAAGUUGUCGCCGAAAGACGUGCAGAUUAAAAUUUCAGCACCCCAGGAGAGGCUGUACUCGACGUGGAUCGGGGGGUCAAUUCUGGCGUCGUUGGAUACGUUCAAAAAGAUGGUUGUGUCGAAAAGAGAGUUUGAUGAGGAGGGACAAAGGGCAGUACAUAGGAAAACGUUUUAGGUUUUAUUUUUCAUUUAAAGCUUAAGUGGCAACAAACGAUUCUUAAUUUAUAAUUAUUAUGUUUAAUAUGAAAUAUAAAUAUUUAAGCUUUAUACUGUGUCAAUAUUAUCUCUUUUUUACUUUAUAAUUUUAAGUGAGCACAGUUUAGACUAAAAUGCAGCUUUAAUAAUUACUGA